AUGGCUAGUUCUGCUGCUGCAACAUCUAACGUGUCCAGAAAGAGGGCAAGAAAAUCAACACCUUCAUCUCGAAGGGUAUGGACUCCAGAAGAGGAACUUACUCUUGUAGAUGGAUUAAAGGAAUUGUGUGUUAAUGGUUGGAGAGGGGAUAAUGGAACCUUUAGACAUGGAUAUUUAAUGGAAUUGGAACACUACAUGAAUGCUCGUCAUCCUAACUGUGGAUUGAAAUCUCUACCACAUGUUGAUUCUAAAAUAAGAGCAUGGAAAAAGAGUUAUGAAACAAUAUCGUUGCUAAAGAGUCGAAGUGGUUUAGGAUUCCAAUAUAGUGAUGGAAGUAUCUUAGUUGAUGAUCCAAAAGUUUGGGAUGACUUGAUAAGGGUUGAUCCAAAUGCCAAGUCAAUGAACUUAAAAAAAUGGCCAUUAUUUGCUGACUGGGAAGUGAUAUUUGGCAAGGAUAGAGCUACUGGAGAGUUUGCCGAAGGGCCAGAAGAUGCUGUUGAAGAAAUAGAAAGAAUUGAAGCUCAAGAAAUUACUGAUGGCAUGUCUGUGGGAUUUCCUAUUGAUGUUGUCGAUGUAGAUGAUGCUUCAGGCACAAGAGAAGAUCAAGCUGCUCAAGAGGAACCUAAUGUAUCAACUGGAGCAACACAAAAUAGGCUUGCCAGAUUUUAG